AUGACUUGUAACCAGAGCCAUCCCUUCCAAUACUUGUUAUCCAUGGACGGAGAUCAGCAGCAGCGGCAGCAAUAUUACCCUGGACGACUACCCAUCACCCUUGUUUCUCUCAGAUGUCACAAGAAUUCAAGCAAGCACUGGAGUUGGGCAGAGCUAAUGCAAAUCUGUUUGGAUGAAGCUGGAGGAAACAAAGAGGACAAGAAAGAGAGCGAAUAAAAGGCUGCAGCACAUGUCAUAGGGCGAAUUGAAAAAGGCGUCUUCAGCAAAACGCUUCGCUGGGAGCCGGAUGUGGGUGCUGCGUUCACCAGUGGCGGCGUGGCCUACCAGGUGGUGGACGGUGCCUUGCGUGUCAACCAGAGCGGACUGUACCAAAUCUACUCGCGGGUGGAGCUCAUCUUCAAGCAGUGCUCGCCCACGUCCUCCUUUUUCCACAUGGUGUUUUUGAGGAGGUCCUCUGGGUACCCCGACGUGGCCCUGAUGGAGGCCCUCAAGGCCGGGUUCUGCUCCCAGCGGAAUGAGCUAAAGCAGCAACACGCUUGGACUGCCGACAGUUACCUGGCGUCGGCUCUGUGGCUGUGCCAGAACGACAGGGUCCUGGUCAACGUGUCGCACCCCCAAUAUCUCAGUCACUCAAAUCAUGGCAACUUCUUUGGUCUCUACAAGAUCUGA